UUAGCUCUUAAAUCACUGCUUAAUUUGUCGAAUAUUUUUGAUCUAUCCUUCUGGGUAGCCUGUUUGAUUGGGUUUUUUGGGCUCCUUCGCCCAGACUUACAACACACUUCAGCGUUUCCUUUGUUGGUUGGAAAUGAUGUCCGCCCUUUGUCAUUUCUUGUAUUUUUAAAUCGUUUAAAAAUGUUAUUAAGAUGUGCUGGCUUUACAGAUGCUGACUACUUUUCAGGUCAUUCUUUCAGGAGAGGUGGUGCUCAAUGGGCCGCUCAGAGUGGAAUUCCAGUCACUAUGAUCCAAGAAUUAGGUUUUUGGAAAAGUACUACUUAUUUGCGUUAUUUACAUACCACCGACGCUCAAAAAUUUCGGGCUUUAACUUUGUUUACCAGAACUCUCCCCCCUAACUUGGGGUUGGAGGUUACAUUAUUAUCAUAAGAAAUUGAAAUAAUGCAUCUUUUUAUUCAUAUUCUCAAUAUUUUGUUAUUGUUACCAUAUGAUCUGAGUUUAGUAAUUAAACUUGUAAGGCCAGCCAGUUGUUAUUUUGUCAUUCCCAAAAGAAUUGGGUGUGAGUUACUUUAAGGAAGUUAAAAUUUCCAUACACCUUAAAAUGGACCAUUUGAAAAUGUCAAAGUGACACGCCCUUUUUUGGAUAAGGCCUAUUUUACUCAA